AUGACAAGAUGCCAGUUGAAAAAGAAGCCAAUAGAGGAUGACAAGGCCAGCAGCAGCAAAGAGCCAGUGAUAAUUGAAGAAAAGAACCAAGAGAAGCUCAAGGAGAAAGAGGAGUCACAAGCUUCAAAGAAAGGAAAGGAAGUUAUGGAGGAACAGUCACAAGAACAGAGGACAAUGGUGAAGACAUAUACUCCUUCCAUUCCAUAUCCUCAAAGUAUCAACCUCAUGCCUCUAUCUAUGAUGAGGAGGCUGUCUAUAGAAGAAGUGAAGUCUACACAGAUGUCAUUGGAGCUAGUGGAUAGAUAUCUGGUAAUCCCUGAGGGAGUGAUUGAAAAUCUCCUGGUCAGAGUGGGAAAAUUCAUCUUUCCUGCAAAUUUUGUAAUCCUAGACUUAGGAGAAGAGGAGAAUAACUCUCUGAUAUUAGGAAGACCUUUCCUGGCCACAACAAGGGCCAUUAUUGAUGUAGAACAAGGAGAAUUGACUCUGAGGGUAAAUGACGAGAAGAUAACUUUGAAUGUCUUCCAAGAAGCACAUCAUACUGUUAAGGAGAAAAGCUGCAUGAUGAUUGAAGAAGAAGAUUUACAGUGGAAGGAUAAACCCAAUGAAGAGCUCAUCAGCUCAUCUGCAAAGCAAGGGAUGAAGAGUGGAGAAGAAAAAGAGGGCAAAGAACAUGUAAAGGCUGAAGAGAGAAGGUAG